AUGGGACCACCUGGAAAGUCUGGAGAAACAGGAAUGACAGGACCUACCGGACCGAGAGGAGAAAAGGGAGAACCUGGGUCAAAGGGCAUGCUGGGAACGAGAGGAGAAAAGGGAAACAGUGGAAAUCCUGGGACAAAGGGCAUGCCGGGACCGAGAGGAGAAAAGGGAAACAAUGGAAAUUCUGGGACAAAAGGCAUGCCGGGACCGAGGGGAGCAAAGGGAGACAAGGGAGAUCCUGGGCCAAAAGGCAUGCCGGGAUCGAGAGGAGAAAAGGGAAACAGUGGAAAUCCUGGGCCAAAAGGCAUGCCGGGACGGCAUGGAAGUCCUGGGAAAUCAGCGUCUGCUCCACAAGUGAUGUUGUCAUCGGCAGAACUGACAGGGGAUGAAGGAGGAAAUACGGCUUUUUAUUGCACGGUAGGAGGGAAUCCGCCCCCUACCGUCGAAUGGCAUUGGAUCGUCUGAUGCUACUGGGAAAUUGUCUGUUCGAGGUAAAAGGAGUAUUUAACUUUGAAGUCUGUUAUAUAUAUAGUCUGUUAUUUACGUUAUUGUCUUUUAUUCUUUACUCUGGAUUCUAACAUCUUACACGCAAGGGCACAAGAACCGUCCGUCAUCAUUUUUUCCUUAUUUCAGGCCUCCCAGUGUUUAUUAAAUUUCCACCAUCACUGGCCGCGCCAGUGCAACACACUACCUUUCAAGUUACUUGUCAAGCAGAAGGUUUUCCUCGCCCCACAGUAAACUGGAAUAGAGUGGGAAUGCCUUUGCCAGCUGGAAGGGUUGAAGUAAACCAAGGUACGCUAACCAUUAAGAACUUGAGUCCUGCUGACAGCGGUUUGUACGAGUGCAUUGCGACGAACAUAAUGGGAACAAAGAAGACCAGAACCAACGUGGCAGUGCAACGGCAACGGCAACGGCACUCAGGUCUGUACAUACAUUAUUUACACCGACAUAUUACCCGAUCCAUAAACUUCCUUUACGCGAUUUUGGUUAAGGUUCAGUCAUCAUGUAAGCCCGGGAACGAGGAAGGAACGAAAAGAAUCGUCUCCUCCCAGUCCCUUAAGGCUAAAAGCGUCUUAGCUCUUUCGCGCUCAUUUAUGUGAGAACUUGACGGGUCUAUCGCUGGACGAUAAAAUGGAUUUGCACAAAUUUUCUCCAAGUAAAUAUGUUGCAAAAGUGUAAAUACUGAAGAGUAAAUCUGGGGUAAACCUGGUAAAUGCCACAUUUGCAUGCCUAAUAACACAGAUCGUAAAUAAGUAGCAAGUGUGGGUUAUUACUUGGUGUUACGGUGCAAGAAUUUUAUAAUAUGCUAAUUAGUAUAUGCCAAUGUCUAUGUAAUAUAAUGGGAGUAUCAUGGGUUGCCCCAGAUUUACUCCUCAGUUUUUGUCUUCAUUUUUGCGACAUAUUGCUAACAUCAAAUUUGGCCAAAUCCUGCCUUGGUUGGUUUUCGUUUUCAUUUGACACUUAACUUAACUUUAACUUUAACUUAACUUUAACUUUAUUACAUAUCACACACUUGGAAGAAAAAUACAUGAGACCAGCCAAAGCCGGGGGGGGGGGCUUAAAUGGCCUAGGGUCAGCGAAAAAAAAAGUGAUUAAUUUACAUGAAUAAAAGAAGCCUUUAACUAAAAUAAUUACAAUGCUAUUAAAUCAAAAGAAAGGAAAGGACAGUCAGAAAACUCACAACUGAAAUACAAUACUUGACAACUAAUUUCAAAUACUUAAACAACUAAUUAUUCCUACUAUAAACCAUACAAACAAAUGCCACUAGUAUAGUCCCAUAAGGUAUACAAAAUGGGUGAUAAGAGACUUGAUUAAGCUAUUAACAAGUUUAACUAAGUUUAAGCUUGAUUAAACAGGUAAUUAUCAAAUACUAAUUAUGACUACUAAAUGUACAAACGCGUGAUAAGGUAUACAAAUGAUCCAUAGGCUAAUCAAAUACUCAGAAAAAUGUAAUCUUAACUUUUUUUUUUUUUAAAGUUCCUUACUGUGAGGCUAUUGCGUACAGUUAACGGAAUAUCAUUCCAAAUAAUAGGAGCUUGCCAAGUGAUAGCAAAUUGAUACUUAUGACAGGUUUUAUGCAGAUUAAAACGUGAACGAGUCAUAUAAUCGUGAUAUUCAGAAUCAAAAUGAAGGAUCGAGGAGACAGCAGUAGGUAAAAAGCUAUUAAAAUGUGAGAAUACAAAACAGGCAACAUGGAAUUUAUAGACAGAGUGGAGUGACAGAAUAUUAUGCUUAGGUAAAAGAGGCUUAGAGAAUGUGAGCGGAGGAGAAAAAGUAAUUAUACGAAUGGCUUUCUUUUGAAGUACAUAAAGCGGUUCAAGGUAGGAAGCAAAUGUAGAUGUUCAUAUUAAACUAUAAUAAUUGAUGUAAGGUAAGAAAAGAAAAGAAUCUUUAAUUGCGCUUGUCGUCCGCUUUUGCCGUUUUGAGUCCACAUGGACCCAUGUAUAGAACAAGUAUCAUCAGCUAAAUCCGUAGGAGUCUACAUCGAUCAGACAUUAUUAACUUGGGAGUGCCAUAUUAACAGUGGUUGUAAAAACAUUGCUUCUGCCAUCGGUGCAAUUAAACGUAUGCGGCACUUAUCUUAUGUAAUGUUUUGAUCAUCGUUUAUAAUAGCCUUGUCCAACCUCACUUUGAUUAUUGUAUUGUGGUGUGGGGAAACUGUAACAAGGGCCUUAAUUUCUGAAAAGCUUCAACGCCUUCAAAAUCGCGCAGCCAGCAUUCUAAUGUCUGCCGCGACCUAUGACAGUAAUUUGGAAGAUGUGUUCCGGGCAUUAGGGUGUCAUGAACUCUGUCAUCAAAGAUUAGAAAAGAAAUCUAUUAUGAUGUUUAAGACCUUACAAGGGAUGACCCCCGAAUAUCUACGAUCAAGAUUUGUUUAUCGCGGCAGCGCUAGCUCUUAUUGUUUGAGGAACACCGAAAAAAAAACUAGUUCUUCCACAACCGAGCACUCAAUUUUUUAAAGAGUAGGUUUUCAUACAAUGGAGCUCAGUUGUGUAACAACUUGUCAAAGAAAAUUCGGUCAAGCAACCUCCUAAAAGAUUUUAAGGUAAAAAAAGUCGCCACAGUUUUAAGUAAAGUUUCAGUAAAGUUUUUUAGUAUGAUUAUUUAGACAAGGCUUCAUAAAAAGUACUUUUUUACUUUUUUUAAUAUUUUGUAUCUAUUUUAUUUGUAGUUAGGAAGAUAGGAAGUUAGCUAUUAUAUUAAAUAAUGAUGGAAAUACCGUGUAUAAAUAAAGAUAUCUGUCUAUAGAGAUGGCGGCUAAGAAGGCGACCAUUGUUGGUGACGUCACAAGUUUCCAGCUGCGCAAACGUGACCCAUAAAAUAUACCUCAUAUUGUUAAGAAGAUUAAAGGCAUUCUACUAACGGUCAGUGUAAAACGCAGACUGCGGAUUGCAGACUGCAGACUACUGACCAGGGGUAACUGAAAUACAGACUGUGUGUAAAUUCAGGCUGAGAGUAAAACGCAGGCUGGGUACAAAAUGCAGAAUGAAGACUGUGGACAUUUUAAACAUUUGUGCUCCUUCUUCUCCAAAUAGGUGAAAUAGCUACAAUUGUAGCUGGUAUCAGUUACGUACCUCGCUUCCUAGUCGAAGUACAUUGCACAUUCGCCAAAAGUUUCAAUGAACAUCCAAACAGCUUGUCUGGGUACCUUGAUUUGCAAUACUUUCAUAGGAAGUCAUCCAAAUUUCCUGCAGAACAUCUUUCUUUGUUGUUGGAAUGAUUUACUCCCUUUUUUUGUCGCCAUAAUUCUUUUUGUACAGUAUUUUGGGUCAGCAGUUUUCAUUUAAGCGUAAACAUCGUAGUGAUGUAUCAAUUCGCGGUCACUCGAUUUGAAAAAUUGGCGUCUAAAGUUGAAGCGUGAGGUCUCUCGGUCGGAAAAAACGUUCAAGGUUGCGAUUAUGUUUUCGGGUCGUCGACGACGUUCCAGAGAAGAAAGGAAUGGAUUUGUGAAAGCAGGUGUCUUCAAGUAAGUGUUCGUUUACAUGUAUUUGCGGGAGUUUUUUUUGCCCUUAAACCCUUCCACGACUUCAGUUUAUGCUCGGUCUGCAUUUUACCCCAGCCUGCGUUUUACUCUUAGUCUGCAGUCUGCAUUCUUCGUUUUACACUGACCGAUUCCACUAAAGAUAAAAUCGUUUCGAAAUACUGCAACAACUCAAAAACUCCGGGGAGGGGUCCACCCCCCCUCUCCCCUGUACCACGAUGGGGAUAUGACAAAUUUGAGUGUACGUCCGAGGGCUUUCUUUGCUUCUAUUUCCUGCUAAGCUGAAAUCCGACAAGACUUGACAGACUGACCUGGUGCUAAACGGUUAACUAGUUCUAACGCGGCCAUAUUUCAUUGGGUUACAGGUUUGGAAGACUCUGUUAUUGUGGGAAACAAAAAAAACUAUUUGACCUCAUUAGGCAACUGGCUAGCACCUGUGGCUAAAGGCAUAAAUUCUCUCUGGAAGCGCUGUUGGCGUGCAUCCGUGGACGGUUGGGCUGGAAGAACAUUUCACUCACGAUGUGAUGGCAAGGGACCGACUGUAACAAUAAUAAGGGUUGGGAGAUAUAUCUUUGGCGGAUAUACCAGUAGGUCAUGGGGUAAGUAAGCAUUGUAAACAGAGAUAAUUUUAGCUCCGGUUUCUAGCUUUGUUUUAAAGCAUAAAUUAAACAAAGUUAUUCAGUGAGCAUCUGUUCAUCAAAAUGAUCUAGCAUUUGGAUGCACAGAUUCAAAGGGCGUUUUUCACUUUUCUUGGAUCUUGUUCUAGCAUUAAUGCUCUUAACCCAUAACCCGUUAGAUAAAGCAAGUAACUAGCCCAGAAUUAGUAUGGGGAAAAAAGGGGUAAGGGAUGAAGUACUGCUAAUAUGGACAGCAGGUCACUUUUCUCUACAUAUUGGUGUAACAGUCCGAAAUCUACAAGGGGAGAGGUGAUAAUCCUCUCUAGGGGUUGAUAAUCCCCCAAGGUUGUGAGUAGAGGUGAUAAUCCCCCUUGGGUACUGGAGAGGUGGAAAGACCUUUCUAGAUGUCUAAUUCCCCGGUUUAAGGAGUAACAAGAGUCUAUGGGGCAAAGUGUGACCUGUAUGGGAGCACUUCAUCCCGAACCCAUGUUUAUUAAUUGCCAACGACUCUCAAUACAGAUAUCAUCACUUAUUUAAGCUAGGAUUGCGUGCCUGCUGCCCGUCAGGAAAAACCCUCAAUUAUUUUUGAGGGAAACCUGAACCCUCCCGAAAGCAGAGCCAGACACUUAACAUGAACCUCGAGGGAGAGAGGUUAGACGAAAAUAUAUUAAUAGAAGUUGUAAGUAAAGGACAAUUAAACUCUUAUCAACUUAAUAAUCAAAAUAAGGCACAGAGUAACUAAGUGCACAAGCAUGUUAGGAUGCCGGGAACGAUGAUUCCCCUCAGUAGAAACCCCACCUCUUUUCUGCCAUAUCUUCUUGACAAUUGCCAGUUGAUUCAAAGUGUAAACAACAAAGAUCAGUAGUUCGUAUGACUGCAAAAAGUAUAAGCAGCUUCUUAAAUUUUUCAACAAGAGAAAAGACCUCAUAUAUAAAACCUUAAGAAAACCAGGAGAGAGAAUCAAGCAGUAAUAAGGGAGGGUGGGAUGGGAUUUUGUUCCACGAAGAGAAGAAUAUGAAGUGCUAUUUUUCUGAGCUAGGCGCGAAAAUAUAGGCAUCAACUGUACAUGUGAUAGCUGGCAUCUAAUUGGCUGAGCGAAACAAUUAGUGUGACAGGGGUCACAUGCAGGAAGUGACCCCUGAAAGGAAGUGAGCUGAUUCCACUACUGGUAAGGGCGGGUUUAUGGUUAUCACAUUAACUCCAAUUUAUCCUGUAGUAUAAAUUAGCUUCAUUCCUCCCCUUAUCCCCCCGCAUCACCACCAUUUUCUGAAUAAGGACGAUUCUUAUCAUUAGUUGGCUUUGUUUGAAACUAAUUUAAAAAGUACUUAUCCGGCCAUAAAUAUCAGGAUCUGCUCUAGGCUCUAAACUGAAAAUGACAAAUAAUUAAAAUUAGUACAGCAUGUUAAAUCAGACCAAUUGUGCUGAGCUGGUAAUUAAGGCUUUCAGAAAGCAUUUAUAGAUUCAAUUUCUGUACCAACAGUUUGUACUUUUAAGGCGAUGAAGCCUGUUACAUCAACUGCAUGUACUUUGAUAAGAAAAACUGUGUUAAACGAAACUUCAAACGUCAAACUUCGUGGCAAAACAGUGUGUAAACUGCGUCUGAGUGAAUUUACCAUUUGAUAGUCCGUCCGUUAAUUUCUUCAGUUUAAACAUAAUGAAAACAAAUAUUUUCUGGCAUGAAUAGUUUUUUGUAGCUCAAUUAAUUGAAACUCUUUCCGUUAAAAGACUUGACAGAUUUGGUCUAAAGGUUAUUUGUUUAGUUUUGUUUGUUGAUUUGUUUUUUUUUGUUUGUUAUUUUUUUUUGCAUUUUUUUUUUUAAUUUUGGUUUUCAAAUGUUUGUACUUGUCCUACAAAUACAAAGUAAAAUAAAUAAGAAAAUUUCUUUCCAGGUUUGUCUUUAGUGUCAAUCCACUUGACGGGUGGUUUAAUUUCUGAAGUGAGUAUCAGAA